UACUUUCAAUUUUCAGUCACUCGCUUUGACGACAUUCGCUGCUCUCUUCUUCUUCCUGUUCCGAUCUCUCGUUACACCUUCCCACGCACUCGCUGCUAAGAGGCCCUUCCGUCUGCUUCGGGGGAACCUAGUGGGAGUACAUCGACACUUCAAGCCAUCUUCGUUUGCCUCACCACCCCUUCGACGCACUCGUUCCACUGCCAACACAGGCCGACUCUCGAUCUCCUCAACCACCAGCAACCUUGAGUGAGGAGAGCCUGUGUCGCUUCGCGAGACCCUAAUACUAUAAUGUCACGUCCAUUCACACCUCGGGGAGCUACUCCCGACUCGGGCCUGACGCCCCCGACUAAUCCAUUCGGUUCUAACCCGUUCGACACCGACAACGAUUCGAGCGCGGCUCCCUCCCUCGCCAGUGACUCUACCUUCACUGUGAACGCUGUUGGACAAACGCAUCCGUACGACACAACAGACAGAUCCGGUCAGAGAUCAAGCUGGGCCGACUCCUCCCACCACCGUCUGAGUAGACCCGACAUAGAGCCUUCACCACUGGCCAGAGAGGUUCCGGUCUACAAUGAAAAGGGCCAUCACCAAUCCUCGUCUGAUACGGAUGUCGAAGCAAGCCAUGUUCCGCCUGUCGUGUCGGACCCUGAGAAGCCAAAGGAGACGCACACCACCGCUCUUCCACCCUCUUCAGGCGAGUCGUUUCCCAAGAGACUCUACGCCCGUUUCCGCGCAACCUACUGCCCCAAGGAGGAGCCACCGCUGGUUCUGCCGGUAUGCCCAAACGACACCGAGAAGCUCAGCUACGUUCACACGAAUCGACUUCUUCUCUACAUCUUUGGCAUCUUCUCGUUCCUCUCGCUCGGCGCCGGAAUGUGGCUGUUCGCGCUCUCUGCUCCGGCAUUCUACUGGUAUGGCGUCUUCGCGGGAGCAAUGUGCAUCUACUUGAUGAUUUCCUACGCCGUUGGAAUCAUCGGAAGGGACUGGGACUAUAAGGCUCACUUGGAUCUUGUUGAGCGCUUCCCCAUUACCGAAGACAACGCUCCGACUGUCGAUAUCUACCUGCCCUGCUGUUCUGAGCCCAUUGAGAUCCUGGAAAACACGUACAAGCAUAUUGUCAACAUCGACUGGCCUGCCUCCAAGCUUCAGGUUCACGUCAUGGACGACGGUAAUUCGGAGCCUGUCCGACUUCUCGCUGAGAAAUACGGCUUCAAUUACUCCGUCCGCGAUGACCGACCUCGCCUCCGAAAGGCUGGCAACCUGAGAUGGACUUUUGCUCAAACUAGCGGAGACUUCUUCGCAAUCUUCGAUGCCGACUUCUGCCCGCGCCCUGACUUUGUUAAGGAAUUAAUGGUUGAGCACUUGGGCGACGAUAAGACGGCCCUUGUUCAAAGUCCUCAGUACUUCCGUGUCACCGACGACCAGACUUGGGUUGAGCAGGGAGCAGGUGCUACACAGGAGCUGUUCUACCGUGUUGUACAGGUCAACCGUAACAGAUGGGGAGCCUCAAUCUGCGUCGGUAGCAAUGCCCUCUACCGUCGUGAGUCCCUUGUCGAGGUUGGCGGAACUGCCGAAAUUGGUUUCUCUGAGGAUGUCCACACCGGUUUCGGCGCUGUCGACCGUGGCUGGAAGGUCAAGUACAUCCCUCUCUGCCUCGCCACUGGUGUCUGCCCCAACUCCCCUCGUGCCUUCUUCUCCCAGCAGAUGCGAUGGGCUCGUGGUUCUACAACUCUUCUUACCAAUGGCCACUUCUGGGUAUCGAACCUCACCCUGAUGCAGAAGAUCUGCUAUCUCUCAGGCUUCUUGUACUACGCUGCGGUUUCGCUCAACAUCUUCCUUGCUCCUAUUGCCGGCACUCUUCUCCUUGCCAUCCGUCCAGAAUGGUUCAAGUUCUGGAACCUGGCUUUUGCUAUCCCUUCGAUCCUGUACGGUGUCAUCCUCAUGCGCUGCUGGGCCAAGGCCAAAUAUGGCUUCAACGUGCAGCAUGCCAUGACGGUUCAGAGCUACGCCUAUCUCACCGCUAUCAAGGAUCGUCUCUUCAACAUCGAGCUUCUCUGGGCUGCAUCCGGCGACUCCAAGGCCCACAAGAGCAACAAGUAUCGUAAUAUGCGCCUUCUUUGCAUCAUCUGGACCCUAAUUGUUACUGGUGCCAUGGUCGGCGUCGUCACAUGGCGCCUCGUCACUGGCUUCACCUGGUAUCACCCCUUGCCACUCAUUAUCAUCAACGUCUACAACCUGUUCAUCAACCACUACUUCAUGUUCUGCAACUGGUAGUUCCCUGCCGAGAUUUAAGCACGCAUGAGUUGUGGGAACGGGGAACAGGUUUUUGUUAUUAAAAGCUUGCAUUAUACAUGGACAAAUGGAGUCAAGACAUUUGAUUUUUUGCGAUCGAGAUGACGGAGGUAGCAUUGACGGUUUUACCCGUAUGGAAACGGCCUUAUACCAUGGACAUAGACGCGCGCACAAAAGCCUGUCUGCACACACUGCUUCCACAGCAUACAUACAGUUGGUACCCUUGUAUAUCACGAUGGAUAGAAUAAUCGGGGAGGUACCUUGGCAGCGGUGCUGCCUUUCAUAAUCAUAGUCAAUACUAAUACUUUUACGAAGAGUUUGCGCU